GCCGGUGCGCGGACCUGCUCCCCCGGUAGGUCUGCAGCGGCAGAACGAUGUCCCCCCGUCCACCAGGAGCUCCCCUGGUCCCAGACCCUUCCAAUGGCAGCUGGGCCAACACCAGCGAGAGCCACCUCCUGAAGGAGAACUACACCUUCCUGGCGUACUACCAGCACUCCUCGCCCGUGGCUGCGAUGUUCAUCCUGGCCUACACCUUCAUCUUCCUCAUGUGCAUGAUAGGCAACAUCCUGGUGUGCUUCAUCGUGGUGAAGAACCGCCAGAUGCGGACGGUCACCAACAUGUUCAUCCUCAACCUGGCCAUCAGCGACCUGCUGGUGGGCAUCUUCUGCAUGCCCACCACCUUGGUGGACAACCUCAUCACGGGGUGGCCCUUUGACAACACCAUGUGCAAAAUGAGCGGCCUGGUGCAGGGCAUGUCUGUCUCGGCCUCGGUCUUCACGCUGGUGGCCAUCGCCGUGGAGAGGUUUCGCUGCAUCGUCCACCCCUUCCGGCAGAAGCUGACGCUGAGGAAAGCCCUGGUGACCAUCGCUGUCAUCUGGGUGCUGGCCCUGCUCAUCAUGUGCCCCUCCGCCAUCACCCUGACCGUCACCAGGGAGGAGCACCACUUCAUGGUGGACACCUACAACAACUCCUACCCCCUCUACUCCUGCUGGGAGGCCUGGCCCGAGACAGGGAUGAGGAGGAUCUACACCACCGUCCUGUUCUCCCACAUCUACGUGGCCCCUCUGGCCCUCAUCGUCGUCAUGUACACCCGCAUCGCCUUCAAGCUCUUCAAGUCGGCAGCUCCCGCUCACGGCGCCCGGCCCGAGGAGCCUGAGGGGAGGAAGGUGUCUCGCAAGAAGGCGAAGGUCAUCAACAUGCUUAUCAUCAUGGCCCUCUUCUUCACCCUCUCCUGGCUGCCCCUCUGGACGCUGAUGCUGCUGAUGGACUACGGGUGCCUCAGCGAGCGCCAGCUCCGCCUGGUCGCCGUCUACAUCUUCCCCUUCGCCCACUGGCUGGCCUUCUUCAACAGCAGCGCCAACCCCAUCAUCUAUGGCUACUUCAACGAGAACUUCCGCCGGGGCUUCCAGGAGGCCUUCAGGGCCCCUUUCUGCUCACCACCGCGCCGGCGCCACCGCGGGCCCUACGGCGCCCGCAACCGUGUCUUCACCCUGGCCCGGGCCAGCGACUCGCCCCCUCACUCCGAAUCGGGGCCCCUGGCGCCUCGCCGAACCGGCGUCCCCGCUUGGGACGGCUGA